AUGUUAAGUGGAGCACUUGGAGGUCCAGGAAUAGGUACAGGAGGAGUCAGGCCUGGUGGUGCUGGCACUGGCUAUGGACCAGGUGGAGUAGGACCUGGUGGUGCUGGCACUGGCUAUGGACCAGGUGGAGUAGGACCAGGUGGUGCUGGCACUGGCUAUGGACCAGGUGGAGUAGGACCUGGUGGUGCUGGAACUGGCUAUGGACCAGGUGGAGUAGGACCUGGUGGUGCUGGAACUGGCUAUGGACCUGGUGGAGUAGGACCCGGUGGUGCUGGCACUGGCUAUGGACCUGGUGGAGUAGGACCCGGUGGUGCUGGCACUGGCUAUGGACCAGGUGGAGUAGGACCUGGUGGUGCUGGCACUGGCUAUGGACCAGGUGGAGUAGGACCUGGUGGUGCUGGAACUGGCUAUGGACCUGGUGGAGUAGGACCCGGUGGUGCUGGAACUGGCUAUGGACCAGGUGGAGUAGGACCCGGUGGUGCUGGAACUGGCUAUGGACCAGGUGGAGCAGGACCCGGUGGUGCUAGAACUGGCUAUGGACCAGGUGGAGUAGGACCUGGUGGUGCUGGCACUGGCUAUGGACCUGGAGGUCUUCCUGGAGGUGCUGGAGGUGCCCUGGGUGCAGGAGGACUUGGGGGUGGAGUUGGUCCUAGUUCUGGGCUCGGAGUAGGUGGAGGCUUUCCUGGACGAGGAGUUGGAGUAACAACCGGUGGUGGACCUGGAGCAGGAGUAGGGGUUGCUGGGACACCUGGUUCUGGUAUUGGAACAGGAGGUGGACCAGGUGGCUUUGGACCAGGCAGUGCUGGAGGAUAUCCUGGGGGACCCAAGUCUCUCAAAUAUGUGCGGAUCACAGCGUCCCUCGAGGUGACACACCAGGUGAAGGAGAUGGAGAAGGUGGUCCUGAUGGACAGAGAGAGGUGGUACAGGGUACAGGAGGAGUGGGAGGGGGCCCUACUAGUGCAGGACCAGCAGGCGGUGUUUCUGGUGGUGCAGCAGGAGCAGGAACAGGAGACAGUCCUGCUACUGGAACUGGACUUGGAUCAGGAGGUGCAGCCAGUGGAGUAG